AUGGCUCAACCAGUCUCGUGUGGUGAUGAACAUGCACCUCCAAGUAGUUUUGUUACUCGCACACCUCCUGUUAUUUACGAUGAUUCAAUUAUUAUCGCAGCUACACACCCUAAUCUCCAAGGUAAUCCAGUAAUUGACGGGUCCUUCCUCUCCGACUUUUACGCGUUCAACUAUCUUCUCAAAGGCUUGGGAUCUGAACAGAUCUGGCUUACAGCCGCAGAUCCGCGUGAAUUACUUAUAAAAAGGGAACAUUACUUGCAUGGAAGUCCUUUUCAAGAUCGAAAAAUCGUCCUGGAUCGUGAUCUACUUGAGCGUGGCGAACUGACUCCCGUAACCGUCGUCCAAUCCUCUGAGAUGAUCGAUCGUUUUCUACAAGAAGUUCGCACUGGCUCCAAGAAAGCAAAGAGUCAAGCAGCCCCUCUCCUACUCUUAGUCUUUUGCCAUGGAGCGGACGACGAAUUCUUCCUAGACAAUGGAAACAACAAGAAAGGUCUCACUUUGACAACGCUUAAAGAAGCAAUCGAACCAGGUUGCCGCGUUACUCUGGUUUCAACAGCCUGCUACUCUGGCGGCUGGGUCGUCCGCAGGCCUAGCGACCCUUCAUUUCAACCCAUGGACAUGACUCUACUUUCUUCAGGUUUGAGGAAAUCAAAUCCAUGGCAGCAAAACCUUUCUGUUGGUCGCUAUUGUGGAUCAGUGUUUACCCAUUCGAUUAUUGACACCUUGACGUCCACUGCAAGCCCGCUCCUUAAACAUGUUGAUGACGGCGCAGCAACAAACAAUGACACAGCAAAUAAGGAACCAUCGGACCUCCAACCAAAAAAUCCCAAUCAACAGCAAACAUUGACAUAUAACGCAUUUUGCCAGUCAAUCCUCGACACCUGCAGAGACAAAGUGCACCGUCUUUGGCGUGAACAGGAGUUCACCUUCAGCGCACAGGGAGACGAGUGGGAACAUUCUUGGACUGGCAGGUCGGGGAUUCCAUUGAAACACUUCGAGCAGCGAUGGAGUGCUUUAGCUGUUUGUCCAUACACUGGCUCGCUCAAGCGUAAGCUCGAUAUGGAUCCCAAUCCUUCGAAUCCAUCCUUUCAAUACAACGAAAGUACACGAACGGGCGGAAAGGAGCUCAUUGAUGAACUAGGAGAGGCCAUAGACCAAAAUCGAGUUGUCGAUAUGGCCCGUCUAUUUCUCCAAACAUGCCCCGGCGAGGAGAACCGCGGAUGGUACCACUUAACAAAUGCUGUGCUCGAAAAUGCUGCCAGGGGAUUGCCUGAUGAUGAAGAACUGAGCAUGGCUCACUCUGGCUCUGCGAUGGCCGGCUACGAUGGCGGCGGUUUCGUCAAGGCCGAGGAGACAAUGGAGCGCCUUGAUGGACGGCAAAUGCUCUUUGACAAUACCAGUGGUGAUGCCAAUCAUUGGGCUUCCCCCGUUCAUGUGUACUUGAACAUCAAUGAUGUUCCAAUCAGCACUCCUGACCCCAAAGACGCCGACACAUUCUGCUGCAUCUCAUCCGAUUCGCUUGAUGUUACAUUUGCAAUGCACGGCACGCCACUCAUUCGGCCUCGAUUCUGGUCAAACUGUUUACUCCUAAUCUUGGCUUUGAUGAUGCCUAUGCUGGCCAGAUUCGCAUCUCUUCAAAAGACAUCAUCGAGGUGA